ACCAUGCAAGUUUUAUUGCAGCUUUUUUUCUGCAUAAAAGGUCAUGAAAUGUUGUUUCUUUUUAUGUGUAUAUAUAUACCUCUGCAACACCAACCUCAUUGUCUUAACUCACAUCCUUCAAACCAAAGCCAGAGAAAAAGAUGGGCCUGUCUCUGCAUAAACUUGCACCAGGGGCUGAUCAAAAAAAGCUGAAAGAACUUGAACCGAUUAUAGAAGAAGGGUAUGAAAAAUUGGUCCAAGAGAAAGACCCCGUGGAAUUCCCAGUUUUUUACCGAGCAGUAUGCGAGAUUGUCGAGAAACUCAAUGAAAAACUCGGAAAUACGCAGAUUAAACUUCCAGCGACCAAGGAUUUAGAGACAGAAUUCAACAAGCGUGAAAAGAGUAAAGAUGGGAAAAACAAGGCACUGACAAAAACAGAAUUCCAGGAGAUAAUGAAAAAUUUGGUGAAGACAUCAGGAUUCACUGGAAUAGGAGCAAAGGAAGCAAUCUUGUGCAUUUUUGGUGUUCCAUUGGCUGCUCUGUUGAUAAAGCAGAAAGUGAUGCCUGAAGCAGUUCGUGAUGAAUUUUUCAUUCCAGGAGUAACUUCUGCGACAGUUUUCACCCUUGCUGCUCUCAACAAGAUUUGAUUUAUAUUAUACACCCACCAACAUUGUGUUAUUAUUGCGUUACUCUCUACUUUUGCAACUUCAUUACUUCAAUGUAUCUAUGCAACAUUUCGUAGGUUCCAUGA